AUGAAGCUGUCUCUCCUGUCCGGCCUCGCCACGGUCGCACUCUCGGCCGGCGGCGCCCUCGCGCAGGCCACGGCCGCCACGGGCACCAUCGACAAGGGCCCGUGGCCCGAGGACCUCAACGGGUCCAACUUCACGUACCCGUGGCCCGUCCAGGUGUUCAAGUUCACGAGCCAGGCCCAGGCGCUGCAGAUGGCCUUCAUGGACGUCAAGCCCACGUGCAAGCCCAACGGCAAGACGGCGGUGCUCUUCCACGGCAAGAACUUUUGCGGCCCGACGUGGGAGGAGACGAUCCGCGUGCUGGCGGCGCGCGGCUACCGCGUCGUGGCCCCCGACCAGAUCGGCUUCUGCAAGAGCACCAAGCCCGACGCGUACCAGUUCUCGCUCAACCAGUUCGCCUACAACACGCGCGGCCUGCUCAACGCCCUGGGCGUCGGCAACGUCACCGUCCUGGGCCACUCGAUGGGCGGCAUGAUGACGGCGCGCUUCGGCCUCCAGUACCCCAGCACCAUUGACGAGAUGGUCAUGGUCGACCCCGUCGGCCUCGAGGACUACGUGCAAAAGGGCGUCCCCUACAUCAGCAUCGACGACUCCAUCGUCACCGAGGCCGCCUCCACCUACACGAGCAUCCGCGGCUACGAGCAGGCCGUCUACUACGUCGGCCAGUGGAAGGCCGCCUACGACACCUGGGUCAACAUGCUCGUCAACAUCUACAACGGCUCCCGCCGCAACGCCUACAUCAAGAACCAGGCCCAGAUCGUCGACAUGGUCCUCACCUCGCCCGUCGCCCACUACUUUGGCGACAUCAAGCCCCGCACCCUCCUCAUCGUCGGCGACAAGGACAAGACGGCCAUCGGCUCCCAGUGGGCGCCCCCGGCCGUCGCUGCCCAGCUCGGCCACUUCGACGUCCUGGGCCCCGAGGUCUGCGACCAGAUCCCCAACUGCACCCUCCAGCGCUUCGCCGACCUGGGCCACGCGCCCCAGAUCUCCGACCCGGACCGCUUCCACAAGGUCGUCGUCGACUGGCUGCACUGGAAGACGUCGUGA